AAAGAGUGUGGUGAUGCAUAAAGACCUCAGGCACUCAGAUCAGUGAUCUACACCACCAGUCAUGACGGUACAGUUAAGAGCCUCCUGUCUUUUCCUCUUUCUUCUGGCUGACUUCAUGCAGACAGACACCAAACAAGAUAAGAUGAAGAUGGAUUGCUACAAAGAUGUAAAAGGCACCAUCUAUAACUAUGAGGCCUUCACUCUUAAUGGGAAGGAACGCAUUCAAUUCAAGCAGUAUGCGGGCAAGCACAUCCUCUUUGUCAACGUGGCCACCUAUUGUGGUCUGACAGCUCAAUAUCCUGAACUGAAUGCACUUCAGGAGGAGCUGAAGCCCUUUGGCUUUGUUGUGCUGGGUUUUCCCUGCAACCAGUUUGGAAAGCAAGAACCAGGAGACAAUACUGAGAUUCUUCCUGGACUCAAGUAUGUUCGUCCAGGGGGAGGAUAUACACCUAAUUUCCAGCUUUUUGAGAAAGGAGAUGUGAAUGGUGAAAAAGAACAGAAAGUCUUCACUUUCUUGAAGCAUUCCUGUCCUCACCCCUCUGAGAUUUUGGGCUCAUUAAAACAUAUCUCCUGGGAACCCAUAAGAGUUCAUGACAUCCGUUGGAACUUUGAAAAGUUUCUGGUGGGGCCUGAUGGAGUCCCUGUCAUGCGAUGGUUUCACCGUGCAACAAUCAGUACGGUUAAGUCAGACAUCCUGGUGUACCUGAAGCAAUUCAAAACUAAAUAGGAAGACUGAGUUGGGGGCAGAAGUCAUUUUACUUUUCACCUAAAGACCUGUUCUGGAAAAAUUCGUCUUCUCACCACAUUCUUUUCCUAAAUGGCCUCCUUUUGACUAAGUUACUUCCAUUCUGCCAAAGUUUCCACUUUCCAUCAAGUACAUUUGUACUUGGAAGGCUAUUCCCCUUUAUCUUGGAAAAAGUGGGUCAAGAAUAAAAGAAUGGAAACCCAAAUCCCCAGGCCUCUGUUACAGACUGAAUAAUUCAUAUUCAUAAAAGGAAAAUCAUCCUUCCAUGAGAAUGGCUUAGUUUUCCAUCAUCUUUGGAAGAAGGCUGUUCCUGGAUGUUGACUCCUCCUUUUCCCACCUUGAAGGUGCAGAAAUAGUGAUGGGGACAUAGUCAUUCAAAUUAGCUUCCAUUUCUUAGUAGGACAAACAUGUAUUGUCAGUUUCCAAGUCUUUUUGGAUCAGUUUUCACCCAUGACAUUUCCUUCCACCUGUCAUUCUCCUGUGGGAGCCCUAAGGGAAAGUAGGAGCAAGAACAUGAUUCAGAUGAGGAGAGGGAGUCUCCAUGCUAAUGGGACCCAGGACUUUUCUCUGUUCUGUCCUACAAAAGUUUUCCUUAUUGUCUGAUUCUUAGUGUAUUCAGAUUAUGGUUCCUGGGUGGGGAUGGAUUUUUAUCUUUUGAAGGGUGAAAUUCCCCUCUCAACCCAAGAUUUCUCAGCUUCAGAACCAGUCUUGUUACUGUUUCCAAUAAAAUGUUUUCUGCAGCA